GAAAUUGCGUAUAUAAAUGCUUACCAUCCGCACGUCUUUGACAGUGUUGUACGUUCUGCCAAUAUGUUCAAAUUCAUCUUAGUGACUGUUUUUCUGACGACUUCGGUUUUGGGUGCCCCCCCGGCCGCUGUUAGAAAUGACGAAGACUUAGAUGGAAGGAUCGUUGGUGGAACUGCGACCACCAUCCAGGCCCACCCAUACAUCGUCUCCCUGCAAGCACCGAACCACAUCUGCGGAGGUGCCAUUCUUUCUUCGACCUGGAUCCUUACCGCCGCCCAUUGCCUUGGUAGGCCGGUUAACGUGUAUUCCAUCCGUGCUGGAUCGACCGUUCGCAAUUCCGGGGGACAGGUGAUUGACGCCCGCAGGCUCAUCAUCCAUGCAAGUUACAACUCUCGCACGAUUGAUUUCGACAUCGCCCUUGUCCAACUCGCCAGCCCCAUCACCAUCGCCGUAGCACGUGCUAUCACCAUGGCAGCCCAAGGUGGCAUCACCGGAUGGGGAGCCCUCUCGGAAAACGGACCAUCAGCAACUACCCUUCAGGUCGUCCAGGUCCCCAUCAUCAGCCAGGCCAAUUGUCGGGCUGCUUAUGGGCAGAGCGCCAUAACCGACAGGAUGUUCUGUGCUGGACUUUUGGGAGUCGGCGGGAGGGAUGCUUGUCAAGGCGACUCUGGCGGCCCUCUGAUUGCCAAUGGAGUUCUUACUGGUAUUGUGUCGUGGGGGGCCGGAUGCGCACGUCCAAACAGCCCCGGGGUCUACGCCAGUGUUCCCAAUCUGAGAGCUUGGAUUAGGACCAACAGUGGUAUAUAAGAUUCUGAAAUCAAAUAUCUUUGUUGUUAAAUAAUAUACGUGUAUAUAUAAAAUUGCAGGAUCUUAUAAUUUCCCUUAUUUUUCUUAUUAC